AUGGUCAUACAUAGAGCUAGAAUCGAGGAUGAUGAAAGAAAUAAGUUAGCACAGUGGCUUCUUGAGCAUAGCCUUGGAGGGAAGCUCGAAUUUGGUGCCAAAAAAGAGGCAGCAACCCUCUUCAAAGUCGAUUUGAAGACAAUUUGGAGGAUUUGGAGCCAAGUGUCAAAGCAAAGAGCUUGUGGUGUACCUAUACAAGUAAAAUCCAUCAGAAAAGGUGUGUCAAAAUCUUUGAUUCACAAGUGGGUGAAGGAGAAAAAGCUUAAACCACACACAAAUGCAAUAAAACCCUUUCUUACCCCACAGAAUAGGCUGUCAAGACUGAAGUGGAGCCUAAAUCAGCUUAGUUCAAUAAGUGAAGAUGGUUUUAUAAAGUUUCAAACAAUGUACAACACCAUUCACAUCGAUGAGAAGUGGUUUUACCGUACCAAAACCAAUGAUAGGUAUUACCUGCUGCCGGAUGAAGGGGAACCAUAUCGUACAUGCAAAUCAAAGAGGUACAUUGAAAAGAUUAUGUUUAUGUGUGCCGUUGUCCGACCAAUAUUUGGCCUAGAUGGCAGAUGCAUAUUUGAUGGAAAGUUUGAGAUAUUUCCUUUCACAACCAUGGAGGCAGCACAACGGAAUUCAAAAAACAGAAUGAAAGGUACCAUGGAAGUGAAGCCAAUCAGAGCAGUUACUAAGGAAGUGAUGAAAUGUUGUCUUUUAAAAGAGAUGAUACCUAACUUUAAAGCUAAGUGGCCAGUGGGAGCAAACAAGCACAUAUAUAUCCAACAAGACAAUGCAAAACCCCACAUAAAACCCAAUGAUCCAGACUUUUUAGCGGUUGCAAAUACUGAUGGUUUUAAAUUCCAACUAGUAUGCCAGCCUGCUAAUUCACCGGAUACAAAUGUCAAUGACCUAGGGUUUUUCAGAGCAAUACAGACAUUGAAGGAUCAAAAACCAGCAGGGAAUAUGGAAGAGUUACUCAAGAAUGUUAAAGAUGCAUAUGAUGAAUACCCACCAGAGAAGCUAAACCAUGUGUUCAUUACUUUGCAAAGUUGUUACCAUGAAAUCAUCAAGGCAAGGGGAGGAAAUGACUACAAAAUUCCACACAUGAACAAAGAAAGACUCUCAAGACUGGGGUUGUUACCAGAUUGCAUUCAAGUUGAAGAAACACUUGUAAGGGAAACACUACAGUUUCUGGAGUUGGAUGCAAGUGCAGAGGGAGAAAUUUACAACCUUGGAGCAGUCAUAGAAGGGCUGGAGCAGGUUGACAUCACUGAAUAG